AACAGUCUCAUUGGCUUUUCUAGUUAAUGAUUUGCAAAUUUAGGCCAUGUAGCCUCCAUGUGGUAUUUACCAAUGCGCUUAUCUAAUCUGUCUUUGCAUAUUAGCACUUCUCCAUCUGAAAUGUAAGCUAAUAAGUUUCAGUACCAGUCAGAGUAAAUUCGCUACCAGUCGUGCCCACCAGCUGACUGAAGAGGUGAAGCCAUGGCACCAACACUGUUUGACAAAGAGCCAAAGCCAGGGGACCUUAUCGAGAUCUCUCGGGGGGCAUAUAAACACUGGGCUGUUUACAUUGGAGGAAAUGAAGUUGUUCAUUUACUGCCUCCGACACAUUCAGGUGGUGAGUUGGGAUCCUUCGGUGAACUGCUGACGUUACUAGACAGCGGUAAGGCGCAGGUGAGGCGUCAGAAGAUCUGGGAAGUUGUCGGCUCCAGCGAAUUUGAGGUCAAUAAUCUUCUGGAUGAUGAGUACAGUCCUCGUGAGCCUCUUGCCAUUGUGAGGGAUGCCUGCAGGAUGGUCGGUCGAGAGCUGCCUUACUGUAUCGCUACUCAGAAUUGUGAACACUUUGUCACAGAGCUACGUUAUGGAAAGCCAGAGUCCCGACAGGUUCAAACAGCAGCUGUGAUUGGAGGCGUCGCGGUGGCAGGUGUAGCCGCUGCAAUUUUGGGUGCCGCGCUGUUUUCCUCCUUCAACAAGGACGAAAACAAAAGAAGAAGAAAUUAUAGGUGAUUGCAGUGACUGAUAUCAUUAAUAUCAGUAAAAAGGAAGGAAAUAGUUUGUUGGUGUAACAAGGUCAGCAGAAACAAUAAGUUAAUCACAGUGAGGAUUUCUAGGAUUGAAGAUAUUUUUGGAAUUGUGGGUGAUUUUAGAACGCUUAAAUUUGUACUGCCUAAAUUCUAAAUAAAGAUUUGGAAAUUUGAAA